CGCAGCCCGGGCUCGGGGGGCCGCUAACGGUCCCGCGCCCCUCGGCGUCCGCGCCCCCGCCCCGCGCCCGGCGAACAGGCGGCGCCGGCGGGCGACCGGCGCGAUGGGGGCGGCGGAGCCGCUGCGCUCGGUGCUGUGGGUGAAGCGGCAGCGCUGCGCCGUGAGCUUGGACCCCGCGCGGGCGCUGCUGCGCUGGUGGCGGAGCCCGGGGCCCGGAGCCGGCGCCCCUGGCGCGGAUGCCUGCUGUGUGCCCAUCUCCGAGAUUAUCACCGUAGAGGAAACCGACACUCACGGGAAGCGCUACAGCAGCGGAACAUGGCAGAAGAUGGAAAAGCCCUUUGCUUUCACAGUGCACUGCGUGAAGAGAGCCCGCCGCCGCCGCUGGAAGUGGGCGCAGGUCACUUUCUGCUGUGCCGAGGAGCCGCUGUGUCACCUGUGGCUGCGCGUCCUGCAGGAGCUGCUGGGGGCGCUCAUUACUGAACAUGCGAACCAGGCCAAGGAGACUUUAUAUGAGAUCAACACCGACAGAUACGACGGAAUCGUCUGCGUCGGUGGAGAUGGCAUGUUCAGCGAGGUCUUGCAUGGCCUGAUCGGCAGGACGCAGCGGGACGCCGGCGUGGACCAGAACCAGCCCAGGGCAGCACUGGUGCCCAGCCCGCUCCGGAUCGGCAUCAUCCCCGCGGGGUCGACAGACUGUGUGUGUUUUUCAACGGUGGGCACCAACGAUGUGGAAACGUCCGCCCUGCACAUCAUCGUGGGGGACUCGCUGUCCAUGGACGUGUCCUCCGUGCAUCACAACGGCGCGCUGCUGCGAUACUCAGUGUCCCUCCUGGGCUACGGCUUCUAUGGGGACAUCAUCAAGGACAGCGAGAAGAAGCGGUGGAUGGGUCUCGUCAGAUAUGACUUCUCAGGUUUGAAGACCUUCCUGUCACAUCACUGCUACGAAGGGACAGUGUCUUUCCUGCCGGCGCGACACACAGUGGGGUCUCCGCGGGACAGGAAGCCCUGCCGGGCGGGGUGCUUCGUGUGCCGGCAAAGCAAGCAGCAGCUGGAGGAGGAGCAGAAGAAGUCGUUGUACGGUUUGGAGAACACGGAGGAGGUGGAGGAGUGGAAGGUGGUCUGUGGGAAGUUCCUGGCCAUCAACGCCACAAACAUGUCCUGCGCUUGUCCCCGGACCCCCCGGGGCCUCUCCCCAGCCGCGCACUUGGGGGACGGCUCUUCUGACCUCAUCCUUAUCCGGAAAUGCUCCCGGUUCAACUUCCUGCGGUUUCUGGUCCGGCACACCAACCAGUGCGACCAGUUUGACUUCGCUUUUGUCGAAGUUUAUCGUGUGAAGAAAUUCCAGUUUCUGUCAAAGCACACGGAGGACGAGGACAGCGACCUCAAGGAGAGGGGGAAGGCGCGCUUCGGGCCCGUGUGUAGUGACUCCCCGCCCUGCUGCUGCCCCGUGUCCAACAGCUCCUGGAACUGCGACGGGGAGGUCCUGAGCAGUUCCAACAUCGAGGUCAGGGUCCACUGCCAGCUGGUUCGCCUCUUUGCGCGGGGAAUCGAGGAGGACGUGAAGGAGUCGGACGGCUGAGCUGCCCUCACGCCCCGCCCGCCUCGCUGUGCUCGGGAAGAGCAAACGUUAUUCAAGAAAAUUCCUGCAGACCAAUUACGCUGAUAUAUACACUUAAAUUUAGAAAUUUAUUUUUGAUAGUUAGAUCUUGAUUUUAGACAAACUCCUUGGUCAGCAAAUCCGUGAAUGUUCCCAGCCUUUUCAGCUCUCUGUGAGCCUGUGGACCGCAUUUCACAGAACUCGCCUCCGCCAACGGCCCCUGUCAGUUUGGGGCUCUGACUUCUUAGAUUUUAGGCCGAGGGCGGUUUUCAGGGGCCCACCCGUGGCUCUGUCACAGUCGUUUUAGGGACGGUGGAUGUGAGGCUCUAGCAUUUGGAUGGGAGGCGUCGAGCAGCUCCCCAACCCUCUCCGCCAGACGGACUCGUGUGCGUGUGCUCAGGUUUUGGAACACUGGGUGGCCUUCACGUUAUCUUCACCUGAACCUGGGCUCGGGCCGCACUUACUGGGUCGGGUGUGUCCCGGGCAGCUCCGGUGACCUCGGAGCAGGACCGUCUUAGGAAGAAGGACACUGACAGAGAGACCCUGUAUCUGCAAAGGCCCAGCCCUUGCCUCCGUCGCGCUGGUGCCUCUGGGGCAGUCGGCCGGUGGCGAGAACAGUCAUGAGCUCUGGACAUGGCAUCCGUUUUAAAUUGAGAGGACCCACGCUUCACAGCGACCCAGUGGGUAACAGGAGGGCUUCGUGGGGCGGUGGGAGGAAGCGGGCGCGCGAGGGGUACAAUCCGCUCCGUGAACUGUGUUCACUUCGGGCCGAGCGGCCUCGCCCCGUUGGGGGUGGGUCCCGAGGUCCCACGUUCCCGCGGCUCCUUGGCCGCAGGCCCCAGGUCUCCGCACGUGCUCCAGACUUGGGCUUUUCUUCACGCUUCAUUCCAUGUAUUUAUGAAAACGUCCUUGUCAGCGGGAAGUGGCGUUC